CAAAAGCAAUACGUCUCGUUAAAACGACCGAAAAUCCUUAAGCCGGACCCUCCCAAAUUGAGACGUGACUAGGGUUUCAAGCCCGACCCGCCAAAAUUCCUCUCUUCCCAAACCCUAAACCGUAUAAUUCCUCUCACUCUUAUCCGGAACAUCCUCUGUAUGAAUCGGAUGCGAUCCGAACCGCAAUUGAGUUUCGGGUCCGAAUAACCUCCCCGAGCUUCGUCUCCGACAAUGGCGUCGAAGGCUUCGCCUUCAGCUUCUGCCAAUAGAUCGGAGCCUCACCAGGAACCUCCGAUGACGGCAUCACAAGAAAACAUGGAUGUAACCCGUAAGGAGAUUUCAUUGAUCAUAGAUUCCCUAAAGAAGCAAGUUGUUUCUAACCGGGGUACUUCCAUUAAGAAAAGAAUGGAGGAAAACAGGCAGAGGUUGGCUGGUGUCACUAACAAUUUGUAUAAAUUGUCAAUGGAAAGAGGAAAUAAUAGGUUUAUUGAUAUUGGCAAAAGUGUAGAUCUAUUGACAAAGAGGCAAAAAGAUGCAUUUGCCUUGCAAAAUGGAAUUGAUGUAAGUAAGGAUGGCUCUCAAGAAGAUGGCCAUGGGUCCACAGCAGUUCUUCUAGAAUCUAAUGUUGCAGUCAAGAGUUCUGUUCGUCCUAUCAAGCUUCCGGAAGUUAAAAGACUACCUCCUUAUACUACAUGGAUAUUUUUGGACAGAAACCAAAGGAUGACAGAGGAUCAGUCAGUGUUAGGUCGAAGAAGAAUUUAUUAUGAUCAAAAUGGAGGUGAAGCUCUUAUAUGUAGUGAUAGUGAGGAGGAGGCAGUUGAUGAAGAAGAUGAAAAGAGGGACUUUGUUGAAUCAGAAGACUACAUACUUAGCAUGGCUAUAAAAGAAGUUGGCUUCUCUGAUCCAGUGCUGGAGUCAUUAGCACAGUGUUUCUCUAGAAGUCCUUCUGAAGUCAAGGCAAGAUAUGAUACUCUCGUAAAGGAAGAGGAGGCUGUGGGGGGUUGUAAAACUAUGGAUAAUGAAGACAUUUCACAAAAUGGGAAUUAUUUUCUUGAUAAAGAUCUAGAUGCUGCUCUGGAUUCAUUUGACAACCUAUUUUGUCGUCGAUGCCUUGUGUUUGAUUGCAGAUUACAUGGAUGUUCACAGGAUCUUGUCUUUCCUGCUGAGAAACAACCUCCUUGGAGCUCUCCAGAUGCCGAAAAUGCAUCAUGUGGUCCAAAUUGCUAUCGAUCAGUACUGAAAUCUGAAAGAAUUGCUAGAGUGAGCUCUGUUGAUGUUGAAGAAAAAAAUGUCACAUCAUUAGAUGGUGCUAGUGCUCAAAUGUCAACGAGAAAGAAGUCUUCUGUUAUAUCUGCUAGAAAGAAGGUAAAGUCCGGCCAAAGUGAAAGUGCUUCAUCUAAUGCAAAAGCCAUCUCAGAAAGCAGUGAUUCGGAGAAUGGACCCAGGCAGGAUGCUACCCAUCAUCAAACACCCUCAAAGACUAAGCUAGCAGGAAAAAGUGGAAUUGGCAAGAGGAACAGCAAGAGAGUUGCAGAGCGUGUUCUAGUUUGCAUGCAGAAGAGGCAGAAGAAAAUGGUGGUUUCUGAUUCUGAUUCCAUUGUUAAUGCUGGUCUUUGUCCAAGUGAUAUGAAGCUUAGAUCAAAUUCAUGCAAAGAUAAUGAAGACACUAGUUCUUCUUCACAAAAGAAUCUGAAAUCUUCUACCAGUGGAGGGUUUAGGAGGAAGGAAUCACCUACUAAGGGCAGACACAAAGUAGUUCAGGUUGAUGUUCUUGAUGGUUCAUCAGAUGAGAUAAUCGCUGAUCCACCUGGCACUAGUAGUGAUGACAAUUUGAGGAAAGAAGAGUGUGUGGAUGAAAACAUCUAUAAACAAGAAUUAAGUGAUGAUAAAACAUGGAAAACUAUUGAAAAAGGCCUUUUCGAUAAAGGCAUAGAGAUUUUUGGCAGGAACAGCUGUUUAAUAGCAAGGAACCUUUUAAAUGGUAUGAAAAAUUGUUGGGAGGUUUUUCAGUAUAUGAAUUACUCAGAGAGUAAGAUGUCCAGCCAAGAAGGUGAUGCUGCAAAUUCCCUUGUUGAAGGACAUUCCAAGGGUAAUAAUGAAGCAAGAAGAAGAUCAAGAUUUUUACGUAGAAGGGGUAGAGUUCGUCGCUUGAAGUAUACUUGGAAAUCUGCUGCUUACCAUUCAAUCAGGAAACGAAUUACUGAGAGAAAAGAUCAGCCUUGCAGGCAGUAUAAUCCAUGUACUUGCCAAACAGCUUGUGGAAAGCAGUGUUCUUGUCUACAAAAUGGGACUUGUUGCGAGAAGUACUGUGGGUGUCCUAAGACUUGCAAGAAUAGAUUUAGGGGCUGUCAUUGUGCGAAAAGUCAGUGCCGGAGUCGUCAGUGCCCCUGCUUUGCUGCAGACAGGGAAUGUGAUCCAGAUGUUUGUAGGAAUUGCUGGGUCAGUUGCGGUGAUGGGUCCCUUGGGGUUCCAAACCAAAGAGGUGACAAUUAUGAGUGUAGAAAUAUGAAGCUGCUUCUGAAACAACAACAGAGGGUCUUACUUGGAAGAUCUGACGUAUCUGGCUGGGGUGCUUUCUUAAAGAAUAGCGUCGGCAAGCAUGAAUACCUUGGUGAGUAUACUGGGGAGUUGAUCUCACAUCGGGAAGCAGAUAAGCGUGGAAAAAUAUAUGACCGUGAAAAUUCAUCAUUUCUCUUCAAUCUGAACGAUCAGUUUGUCCUUGAUGCCUAUCGAAAGGGUGACAAAUUGAAGUUUGCCAACCAUGCUCCAGAUCCGAAUUGUUAUGCAAAGGUCAUUAUGGUUGCUGGAGAUCAUAGGGUGGGCAUAUUUGCCAAGGAACGGAUUACUGCAGGAGAGGAACUUUUCUACGAUUAUCGUUAUGAGCCGGAUAGAGCUCCUGCCUGGGCUCGGAAGCCUGAGGCAUCGGGAUCCAAGAAGGAUGACGGUGCUCCUUCAAGUGGUCGUGCAAAGAAGCUUGCUUAACCUGAAUCAAUUUUAAUCUUAGAUUUACAAUUUUUUUGGCCAUUCUUUUACAGGUAAAAGAUGCAUCAUUUUCUUUGACCACAGAUGUAUUCUUGAUCAUUUUGUUGGAGAGGCCAUUGCCUUCUCAAAGCAGAAAUUGAAUAGUAUUUAUUUUCUAACAAUUCAUGUUUAUUUCCAAUGUAUUUCCUGAGCUUGAAAAGUUACAAGCAUACUGAAUCAAAAAUACCAGUUGACAUGAAUUUAAUUCAACAGAG